AUGCAAGUGGAAUGCGGUGUAAAAAUAUCACCACCACUCACCAAAGACUAUCACCUUCGUCUCUUUACCUGUGUCCGUGCGAGAAGACCACAAACAAAAAUGGAAGCAUUGAAGCGUGACCUGGCGUCGGCGGUUGAGUCUUCUCUGCAGCGCGGCAGCAUGAAGAAUGGUCCCUUCCUCCUACACUUGGGUAUGGCAAUAGAAACCGAGUGGUGUUUAGGGAAUGAGGACAGAAAAUAA